AGUUCAUGUCUAGAGCAUUUGCGACGUCUGUUCGUUCUUGGUUCUUCUGAUUAUUCUGUGAUCAAAAUAUUAGGUUAUACGCGACUCAACGCUGACAUAAGAAGCCAUCAUGCUGAGGUCACGUUUCAUCGUUAGUUUGCCAAAAACUAUCAAACGUAGCAUCAACACCAAUAUUCCAGCUUCACAGAAAGCCAGUGACCCCAUACAGCAGCUCUUCCUUGAUAAAAUCCGCGACUACAAAUCCAAGAGCGUAUCUGGAAAAUUAGUUGAUGCCAGUCCAGAAAUUAUAAAGGAACGGGAGUCCGAAAUAGAAAAACUUAACACACAAUAUGGCGGUGGUAAAGGAGUGGACAUGACACAAUUUCCUCAAUUUAAAUUUGAUGAUCCACCUGUGGACACGGGUCUUGAUAAGUAAAAUUGAGUAAAAAGUUAAUGUCGAUGUGUAUCAUAGAAUCUUCAUGUACUGACGGUUGAAUUAUUAAAUAUUAAGUAAUCGUAAAAGUCAUCCAAAAAUAUAUUAUACUACAGUUAUGUAUUA